AUGAAGAGGGAGGAGUACCGGCAGUGUGGCUUGGGUGCGGUGGCGCUUACGGCGCUCGUCCUUCUGGUUAGUUGUUGCCUGCCGCCGGCGGAUGCGUCAUCUUCGUCGCUGUUCUUCGGCGUCGAGUUCGCCUACUCUGUCCACUUGUCGUUCGACAGCUUCACGUCGGUGAGCGCAAAGGAGCAAAAGAUGAAGACCGUCACCGCCGAGUCGGGUUCCGGCGAUGUGUUGUGGAACGCACAGGUCUACGACUGCACCACCAAGCGAGCGUAUGCGUGGACGGCAUUCACCAACAACACCUUGGGACGCUGUGCGACGGCGGGCAUCGCGUCCAUUUGCCCCAUCGCGACCGGACCCACAUUCUGGGGUUCGUUUGCGUUCCUCCAGAACACGUCGCUGUUAGAGUUCGAUGACGUGCAGCAAUGGCGCUGGCAGGGACCCUACACCUGGCAGAAGGGCGACUUUUACACUCGCACCGUCGUGGGCGGACGCAUUGAACCGGUGGCCAUCGCGGCGAUGGCGACUUCGAUUGGCGCGAGUGGCAAGGCGGCGCCGAGUACGACUACCUGGAACUACUACACGAGCUUCACGAACGAGCUGCCCUUCGACGCUUUCGCAAUCCCCGCCGCUCAUUGCCUACCUCCUAACCUGCUCCAUCUCACCGCUCAACAUGUUGAGGCCUACACUUGCAUUCGCUCUGCUCUACCUCGCCUGUCUGGCCGCUGUGGCCAUGGUGUUUCGAAAGACUGCUCUGGAACGCCUUUGAUGACUAUCACCUAUGAGGAGGAACGCUGCUACCAGAGCUUCAACAUCAACAGCACCGUCUGCCAAAGAUUCUUUGACUGCGCCGGUAACGGAAGGAUUGACCAGGCCGUCCUCUACGGGAGAUGCGCUCAGUACCUGCUCCCUCGCAACGCAUCGCUCCUGGUGCAAUCCGAUGGAGUCGUUCGCUCGUACCUCUCGAGCCCGGAUUGCACCAAGGGCUUCAUCCCCUUCACACCGCCCAAAACCAACUGCGAAGUGAGGAAGGCGUCGGCGUCCUGCAGCGAGCUUUAUGGGAGCGCCUCGUCCACCACUUCGGCCGGCUCCGCGUCCCCCGCCAGCGCACUUCACUUCUGGCUGCGCCAGCUUCUCUCCCUCUUGUUGGCGUGA